CAGGAGUUUCAAGUCCAACCUGGGCAACAUAAUGAGAGCCCAUCUCUAAAACAAACAAAAAGCCAAAUUGCUUUAGGUCAUUCGUAAGUUACAGGUGUUGGCUUGUUAAUAUGCUUUUUAGAAUAAUUUUCGAUUCUCCUAAAAUGAUCUCUAAAUAAAAUUUUGAGGUAGGCUAACCUUGGAUUUAAUGUAUUUUUUAUGUGUUCCAUUCUAUUCCCCUGAGGCACUGAGACCCUCACUCUUCAACUUCCCAAGUUACCACUUUGGAAUCUUGUCCAAGCCAUCUGCUAUGUGCUAAUAUCUUCUCCAAGCUCCUAUUUAAUCAGUUCAAAUAAUCUUUUCCAAUUCUUAGCAAGAAAUCAGAAUGUUUUAUCUCCUUCACAUACUAAGGUGUGAUUGACUGAUGGUGCUUCCAGUCAUAUUUGCAUUUGAAAAUAAGCUGCAGUUAGCGCCAGUGACUAUCUAAUUAUGCUUUCAGACGUUUUAUGACUCAGCUGGUGACUCCCAUAUCAGACCACAUGCAAGACAAGUUACUCUGCUUUUGUGUAAGACUUGACUAACCCUCUUGCUCUGAGGUCUCAGCAUGUGGUUUCUCUUAUCCCCUUUUUUGCAAGCUGGACAUCAGUCUCCAGUAUAGUUCUCCACAGAAGAAAAGGGGUAGAGCUACAGUUUCUAGAAGACAUGAAGCUUUUCAUGUGUCUUUUUUACCUAUGUUAUUUAUUUACUUACAAGGGCUAAGUAACAAGAAGAUUCCAAAUAUAUUUUUCCCAUCCAAGUACUAAGCAGGCCUGACCCUCCAAAUAUAUUUCUAUAUGAUUUUUAAAGCAAAUUCAGAAUUUAUUGGUUUUAGAAUUUACUGUAGCGAGCUAGUUUUUAUAUCCCCAAAAGAAAAUGUCCAAUUAUUCAUUAAUUCUUCCUUUUCCACACAAGAUUUUAUUAACAUUUUUCUUUUGAGUCUACAGAAAAGGUUACAGAGUAGUACAGUGAACACCCAUUAUGUCCUUUCUUGUAGAUAUAUCAGUUGUUAAUCAUUUUGCUACCUUUGAUUUAUCUUGCCUUCUCUGUGGAUUGGCUGAUUGAUGAGCAUUUGAAAGUAAAUUGCAGACAUCAUGACAUUCAUCCCUAAAUACUUCUAGGAUGAGUCUUUUGAGGAUAACAAUGGUUUCAUAUAACUCUAAUACCAUUUCACACCUAUAAACCUGCAUGACAUCUUGCACAGCAGACUACUUGUUGGAUCUCAGAUUGCAGCAGAGAUGCGGGAAGCCAUGUAUAAUCAGUUGGGGCUCACUGGCUGUGCUGGAGUGGCUUCUAAUAAACUAUUGGCAAAAUUAGUUUCUGGCGUCUUUAAACCAAACCAGCAGACAGUCUUAUUACCUGAAAGUUGUCAAGAUCUUAUUCACAGUUUGAACCACAUAAAGGAGAUACCUGGUAUUGGCUAUAAAACUACCAAACGUCUUGAAGCACUGGGUAUCAACAGUGUGCAUGAUCUCCAAACCUGUUCAUCCAAAAUAUUAGAAAAAGAAUUAGGAAGUUCAGUUGCUCAGCGUAUCCAGAAGCUCAGUUUUGGAGAGGAUAACUCUCCUGUGACACCUUCAGGACCACCUCAGUCCUUCAGUGAAGAAGAUUCAUUUAAAAAAUGCUCAUCAGAAGUUGAAGUGAAAAAAAAGAUUGAAGAACUACUUGCUUGUCUUUUGAACAGAGUAUGCCAAGAUGGAAGGAAACCCCACACAGUAAGAUUAACACUCCGUCGGUAUUCAUCUGAGAAGUACUGUAGUCGUGAGAGUCGUCAGUGCCCUAUUCCGUCCCAUGUAAUUCAGAAGUUAGGGAAAGGAAAUUAUGAUGUGAUGACCCCAAUGGUUGAUACAGUUAUGAAACUUUUUCGAAAUAUGGUGAAUGUGAAGAUGCCAUUUCAUCUUACCCUUCUAAAUGUGUGCUUCUGCAACCUUAAAGCACUAAAUACUGCCAAGAAAGGGUCUAUCGAUUAUUACUUAAUGCCAUCAUUAUCAACAACUUCACGCUCUGGCAAGCGCAGUUUUAAAAUGAAAGACACUCAUAUGGAAGAUUUUUCCAAAGAUAAAGAAACAAACCGUGAUUUUCUACCAAGUGGAAAAACUGAAAGUACAAAAACUGGGGAGUCGCCACUAGAUACUACAAAUUUUUCUAAAGAAAAAAACAUUAAUGAAUUCCCACUCUGUUCACUUCCUGAGGAUGUUGACCAAGAAGUCUUUAAGCAGCUUCCAGUAGAUAUUCAAGAAGAAAUCCUUUCUGGAAAAUCUAGAGAAAAAUCUCAAGGGAAAGAAAGUUUGAGUUGUCCAUUACAUGCCUCUAGAGGAGUAUUAUCUUUCUUUUCUACAAAACAAGUGCAAGAUAGUCCCACAAAUCCUGGGGAUCAUUUAUUCAAUAGCAAACAGGUAUCUUCUUUACCUCCUUGUGAACCUGGAACAUCAGGCUUAAAUAGCAGUAGUUCCUCUUACCUGUCUAGCCAAAAGGAUUACUCAUAUUGUUUAGAUAAUAGAUUAAAAAAUGAACACAUGAGUCAAGGACCUAAAGAACCUCAAGGAUCCUACUUUUCAAAUACAAACCCUGCUGUAUCUGUUUUCCAUUUAUUUCCAAAUAUGCAGAGCGAGCAACUUUUCUCCAAAAACCGAACUACAGAUAGUCAUAAACAAACAAUGGCAAUAGUCUCUCAUCAUGAAAGACAUACAGAAAAUAGAGAGCAAGAUUCAGUUGAUGAGAAAAUCACUUUUCCUUCUGACAUCGAUCCUCAAGUUUUCUAUGAACUACCAGAAGAAGUACAAAAGGAACUGUUGGCUGAGUGGAAGAGAACAGGAUCAGAUUUCCACAUUGUACAUAAAUAAGCAUGUUCAGAAGAAAGGUCUAAAAAGCAAAGGAAGUACCAUUGUUCUAAGAUUAGCAGUUUAUUAAGCUCUUCUAAAUUAAACACUAAUAGAUAUUCAAUAAUGUAGAAAUCAAAUGUAAAAUGUUCCAGAUAAAACAAAAAUAGUUACGGAAAGUAAAUUCUGGCACAAAGUAUAAAAAUGUUCAUAACAGAAGAAAUAAUGUAAAAUAUCUUUCUCUAUUUCUAAAGCUGUUUUAUAUUGCUUUUCAAUAAAAAGAGUAUCAUUGUCAA